AUGUCAUCUGGUCGAUCUAAGACGUCUAUACUAGACAAACCAUUAAGUAAAGGAAAAGGCGAAAUUUCACUAGCUUUAUACGCCCUCCUUUUUUCUGAAAUUAUUCAAUAUUGUCAAAACCGUUCACAUUCCAUAAAUGAGCUCCAAAACAAAUUAUCAGAGAUAGGCCAGGAUGUGGGCACACGAUUAUUAGAUCUGUACUUUGUCAGGGAGAGAAAUAGUAAAAGGGAAAUCAAGCUGCUGAAUAUGCUGCUUUUUGUUAAGUCCACACUUUGGAAGGUACUGUUUGGUAAAGAAGCUGAUAAACUGGAGCAUGCUAAUGAUGAUGAAAGGACCUACUACAUUAUUGAGAAAGAUGCUUUAGUAAACAAAUUCAUAAGUGUGCCCAAAGACAAGGGCUCUCUCAACUGCGCCACAUUUAAUGCUGGCAUUAUAGAAGCUGUCCUCACUAAAAGUGGUUUUCCGGCAAAAGUUACAGCUCACUGGCAUAAAGGAACUACAUAUAUGGUUAAAUUUGACGACUCCGUCAUAGCUAGAGAUAAAUCCUUGGAUGACCGUUAA